ACCCUCAUAAAGGAUUUGGAAAUAGAAAUUACUCAAUUUUCACUGUUCUCUCAAAGUUCACUGCUGGUUUGUGACUUUAUUUUUCCCUGAUACAUAUUUCUUUUUAAUAAUCAACCGUACCCCUUAUAUUCACGUGGUGCCAAUUUUUAAAGGGAUUUAGACUAUAAAAUAGACAUGCAGAAGUGUCGUUAUUAAUGUUACAUAAUUUUUAACUCCCGACAGCCUGCCUGCCUGAAGGCAGAUACAGAAGGGGAUUUAUGUGACAUUGUUUAAAUCGAGUUAAAUCCUAUAAAAUAAAAAUUUUAUUUUUGUUUAAACAUUCCAAUAACGAACAUGCAAAUUUUACUAUUGCAUAUUGCAGUAUUCUACAGUAUAUCUGCUAUACGUAAGUUUAGACCUUAUUUCCAUUGAUUAUCUAUAAAUCAUAAACAUUCAGUUGUCGCCAUUAGAUAUGCUUCGUCCUGGAGCUUAUGAUUAUUAUUGACUAUCUCGUACAGUUUGUUUUUUAUUCCUAAGAGGUGUCUUAUAUUUUCGGUAAUUUUUCUUAUCAUUUACCUUUAAACUAAAAUCCCAGUGUAGAAUAAACAUUCCUGACUCGCACAUGUAUGUACACCAUGAUAUCCUUACCCUAAGAAUAACAGGACAAACUUAUUACACUCUUGCUCUCCCCAAUUCCCGCGACUAUUUACACCGCAAACAUAUCUUUAAAAACUGUUCAAGAGCGCGCAGUUUCCAUGUACAGCCUCGAAUAUAGACCUCAGUCAGACAGGAAUGAAAUCUCUUGGAUAGAUAGGAACGCGAGACAGCUUGUCUCGCACGUUUCCGUGGUUUACAAUUAUUUAUACUUGCACGGGUCAAACGAUAAGAUUUCAUAUUUUACAGGCAGAGACGCUUUGGAAGAUGGUAUACGUCCUGCCAAGUUCUUCGGCCGAUAUUCUACCGUUCUUCCAGCUUCCGUCUCCAUCUAUCUACCACCCGCCGUCACUAGAGCAUCGACAUUCAGAAGUCUAUUAAAUCGGUUAAAACGAUAGUAUCGCCAUCUAUAAUACUCUCACGGUACUAAGAUUGAGUAGCGCUGCAACAGGGCAAUAGGACUGGCAACGUCCGUGGUGGCCGAGGUUGUCUGUUUUCAUUAAACUCCUGGUAACAAAACGGGCCUUAUCUCGUUGCAUAACACAGAUUUACUUGAGUAAAAGUAUAAUAACCUAACCGCGGCCGUGCGGACGUAUCUACCAACUCAUUGGCCAGUUGUAAACGUAACUUCUAUCGGCAGUGGGCUUCUUGUAAAACUCGCGGAACGUUUCACGUGGUCCAGUGUUGGCGCACCAGAAGAACGGACCCAAACAGGCCCCGGACUGAGCAUGCCUGAUUAGCCACGCAGAAUGAGGUAGGCCAUGUAACAAUGGCAUACAGCUAGGAAGCAGCUAGAAAUAGAUUCAUAAUUCUUCAUGAAAAUGUAUGUCGGGUCAGGAUAACUCGUUCAUGAGGACAUAUGUGUAUAAUUAUGGGUAUGUUUUAUAUUGUGUGUAUAUAUACGCGUACACGUACGAAUAAACCUCGAGUCGGGAAGAGGAUCGUAAACGAGAGCAAAAACUCCCGGGUGAUCGAGUUUCCGAUUGGGGCCCUCGGAGACGAGUAAUCGACCUUAAGAGGGUACUCGAGAAUAAACCAGACGCUUGGUGUACUUGACUGGCCGAUCGUAGAAUCCGGAGGUAUCCCCCGAACGGGUCUUCAGGAUAAUUCUAGUUGAGAAUUGAAAAUCGUAAGGAUCCUCAAGAUGCGGAGUCCUCGAGGAAUAUUUUUGAAUAUCCUUCGGCAGUACUCACAGAGAAAUAAUUAACGGCACUGAUGCACGUGGAAUACCGCAUUAAAUGAAUAUACUUGUAAAAUCACUGUAUUACUGUUCAAGGAUGCUCCAGGAUGCCUCGAAGCUUUCCAAAGAUAAAUAUAUCUUAUUUACAAUGCAAAAAUCAGCAUUUGCGUUACAACGCGUGUUAAAGACACUAUCAGCAUCAAUAGUGUAGAUCUUGUAGAUCAUCUUGUAGAUUGGUACCGAAGUGAUUCUGUCUCAGGGUGCCGAAAUUCUUCAAUUAGCCCUUAAGUCCCUCCCUUCGUUCAGCCAAUCAGCGUCUCUCUAUGGCUCGAUUGCUCCACCCACUUCUCUCCCGUCACUCGCAGUUUUCCUCGUGGCAACCAGCCACAGUACCUACGCGACCGCUCACUGAAUCGCAUCUGUGCGCGCAUCACCUAUUCCUCUUGCGGUUACGUCAACGUGUUUCCUGACUGUCCACUUGUCAAAAAGAGUCCAGCUUGAGACUUACGGCGUCGCGUAGUAAAUCCAAAGAGGAAAAGAAGAAGUAAACAAGGAAAGAAAAAAGAGACUUCUGGUCUCCAUUCAUCGAUACCGGAAACGCGCCACUCACGUUCUCCGGAAAUAAUUGUUAAACGGCGCGUAAAAUUAGUUGUUCCUUGUUUGUACGAUAAUAAUCAUUAAUCUACAAACGUUAAUCGAGCGUGAAUCGUGUCGCGACGAGUGUCAAACAUGUAAAGACUCGUCGGGUAUAGAACGAAUUUUAAAAAAAUAGACCCAACUCGUGGAACCAUUUUCAUGCGUGAUCGAUACGUGUCAAGGAGUUUUCUUAGAAUUUUAAAUAGUUUAAACCUUAUUUUGUUUAACAAUAGUUAUUGAGGGGGUCGGUUCGUUCUAGUAGACCGGUUCUGCUCGGGCAACAGUCUGAUAGGACUGGGGAGAAAAAAAGGAGGCGGAAAAAUGCAAGGUUAAGAGAGCGUGCCUCCUCCUCGGUUAGAAAACGUGUGAAAUCGGCCCGGUACGCGCAUAUAUCGUGUUCGGUACACGUAUAAUCAGAAUCGCCGACUUGUUUAUCCUUUUUCUUUUGCUCUUCUUCCCCACACGGCUUUACUUUCCCGAAGGACCGAUUCGUGGUGUUUAACGGUGGUAUUGGGGAAAUGGCGAGGUUCCCGAGAACGAGUACGAUACUCUUGACGUGUGCGAGUCUCAUCCUCCUGACAGGACGUCACUGCGUCCAUGCAAACUGGUGGUAUCUCGGCAUUGAGACCAGAGUCAGCACAUCCGGUUCCGAGAUCAGUACUGAUCUUCAGACGCCAAUUGGCGCUGCUGUAGUUGGACCUGCCAGUGCCGAGAGAAACUGUAAGAGUUCGCAUUUGACACUUAAACAACAGACAAUAUGUUCCCGUUCGCCGCCAGUGCUCCAGGCCGUCAGUGCCGGCGCCCGAUUGGCCAUCGAGGAGUGCCAGCAUCAAUUCAGAUCGGCAAGAUGGAACUGCUCGAUCAGUCCGGAGAGUCCUGAUAAUAUUUUCGGCGGUGUUAUGCUCGUCAACAGUCGCGAAGCUGCGUUCGUCUACGCGAUAUCAGCAGCAGGCGUGGCCUAUAGCGUGACCCGUGCCUGCUCCAGGGGUGAACUGACGGAUUGCUCGUGCGACAAUCGCGUAAGGGCGAGACACCCCAGUCACUGGCAAUGGGGUGGUUGCAGCGAGGACAUUCACUUCGGUGAGAAGUUCUCGAGGGAGUGGUCCGAGGGUGGCGAGGAGCCUCUCAAGGAUGCAACCCUUAACGGGCCAGCUGGAUUGGCCGGACAGCUAAUGAGAAGACACGACAGCGAGGCCGGAAGGCGCGCGGUGCGCUCGCGAAUGCAGAGAGUGUGCAAGUGUCACGGAAUGUCUGGCUCGUGUAGCGUGAGGGUAUGCUGGAGAAGAUUGCCAGCGUUCAGGACGGCCGGCACAGCACUCGCGUCCCUUCACGAGGGCGCAGCGUUGGUGAGACUGGCCCAAAGGGGUGGCAGAAGACCGGCCCGAUUGCGGCCUGCCAGACCCGAUCUUAAAAGGCCGAAUAAAACGGAUCUGGUUUAUCUCGAGGACAGUCCCGAUUAUUGCGAGCGAAACUUCACCUUGGGCAUUCCUGGUACUCGUGGACGUGUGUGCAACAGGACGUCCCUGGGACUGGACGGCUGUCGGCUGCUUUGCUGCGGGCGCGGUUAUCAGACGAGGGUGCGUGACGUCACCGAGAAGUGCAAGUGCAAAUUCGUCUGGUGCUGUCAAGUGCAGUGCGAGCUCUGUCGGCACACACGGGAGGAGCACGUGUGCAACUAGUCCGGCUGCUGUCUUUAUUUUGUCUCUUCAUUCUCUCUAUCUCUAACUCUCUUUGCGGGGGUAGAAAAAUAGGAGCGGCCGAAUGGUGGGGAUGGUGAGGAUACGAGUGAAGAGGGGAUGAUAUUCACGGAA